AGAUAUGAUGACAACUACGGUCGAACGCGACAUCACGCUCAUGACAAAUAUGACGACAGUGACUACAGGUUCGGAUAUGACAAAUACCGUCGGCAGCGCGAGAACAAAUAUGACGACUACUACGGAAGUGAUCGAUAUGAUGACACAUACAACAACUACGGCUAUAAUACUUAUGGUGAUCAGAGUAGUUAUUCAAACAAUUACGACGAUAAUUACGGUUACAGUCAGCACAAUGACUAUGACAACUACAACGACCAAUAUGGCAGACGGGACAAUUAUGAUGUAUACGGAAGUGACAAUUACGGUUCCUAUGCUCAGAGUGGUUACGAUGAUACAUACGGCAACAAUUAUAGCUCUUAUUAGAUGUCAUACAUUAUCUGAUUAUAGUAUCUUAAUAUCCCGCACUCUUAUUACUGCACCUGGUUCCAUAAAUAAUGGUAACAUCCGUCAGUCAGUUCCAUUGUGUCAAUCUCAUUUUGCUGAAGGAGCUGAAGGUGGAAAAAUUGAAACCUGUUUUGGGAUAGACCAUCAUUUUAGUGAUACUGCGCACUGA